UCCCGCUGCGCCGGGGUGGCAGGUGCCAGUCAGUGGUGGAGCUGAGGGGGCGGGGCAGGGCAGAGCCCUAGGCGGUUGGCGAAUAACUCGGGUCCGUCCGUGCCCUAGCGGUAAGCGGCCUCGUUCAGCCCAAGCCUGGGCGGGCCGGGAAAGCGGGGCUGGCCUCUAUUGCCCGCUCCCGAUGUCGGCGUGUGAGGGGCCUCAGCUCUUGGCGGGCUGCGGGGGGGCUAGCAAGGAGAGGGGCUGCCUUCGGGGGCCCAAGGGGGGCUGCUAGGGACCACGGCAACGCUAAUGGCGUGCGGGGCCUAGGCGAGUGCGGCAGGCAGGCUGAGGAGACCCCCUGGCCGAGGAGAUCUCUUCCCCCACCCACCCUGCUCUGUGGUGGGGGCGGAGGGGCGAGCAACGCCCUCGCCUGCUGCAGGGGGAGGAGCAGUCCCAUCCCCCCACGGAAACAAUAAAUCACUGAAUACACAGAACACUGUCAACUACACAAGUCCUGCAGGUGACGAAAACAUGGCAGCCAUUAAUGUUGGAAGGGAACAAGUCACUAGAGACCCAGAUCGCUGUGACAUCCCUUACUCUGUAGCUGAAUAUGUUGAAAGAGAAGUUGGAACUGACCUUAAUUGUCUAAAGAAACUUGGCAAACUUAUAGAGGAGCUUUCAGAAAAUAAAAAGCAAUUAGAGGAACAGGUACUUACAGUUUCAUCAGAAGUCCCCAAAAGAAUUCAGAAUGCCUUAAAGAAUGCAGAGGAUUCUAAGAAGUCCCUUAGUCAGCUCCUGGGGGAAGAAACUGUUUUAUUUGAUUCAAUUAAUAGCCACCUAUUGACAGCCCAGCCAUGGAUGGAAGAUCUUGGUGUACUGAUUAGUCAAAUAGAAGAGGUUGAACGACACCUUGCUUAUCUAAAAUGGAUUUCACAAAUAGAAGAGUUAAGUGAUAAUAUUCAGCAGUAUCUCAUGACCAACAAUGUCCCAGAGGCCGCUACUACUCUGGCAUCCAUGGCAGAAUUGGAUAUUAAGCUUCAGGAGUCAUCUUGUUCUCAUCUUCUUACUUUUGUGAGGUCUACUGUUAAAUUCUGGCAUAAAAUUCUUAAGGACAAACUGUCAAGUGAUUUUGAGGAAAUAUUAACUCACCUUCAUUGGCCAUUUGUUGGGCCACCACAGUCUCAGGUUUUUGGUCUUGCUGCACCGGCUAAUGUUCCAGAAAUAUACAAUAAUUUGGAGACUCUGUUUUCUCAGCUUCUGAAAUUGCAAACAUCAGAUGAAUUACUAACUAAACCAAAACAACUGCCAGAGAAGUAUUCUCUACCUCCAUCACCACCUAUUAUCCUUCCAAUGCAAAUCAUGCUGAACCCUCUUCAGAAAAGAUUCAAGUAUCAUUUUACUGGGAAUAGACAAACUAAUGUUUUAAGCAAGCCUGAGUGGUACCUAACCCAGGUACUCAUGUGGAUUGGAAAUCACGCAAAAUUCCUCGAUGAUAAAAUCCAGCCAAUAUUGGACAAGGCAGGCUCCUCAGUCAAUGCAAGGCUUGAAUUUUCCCGUGCUCUGGUAAUGCUGAUUUUGGAGAAGUUGGCUGCUGAUAUCGUUUGCCUAUUGUAUGACGAUAAUCUCUUUUGUCAUCUUGUGGAUGAGGUGCUUCUAUUUGAAAGAGAGCUGUAUGCUACUCAUGGAUAUCUCAGCAGCGUUCCCAGUUGCAUGCAUAUUCUGUCAGAAGAAACCUGUUUUCAAAGGUGGCUAACUGUGGAAAGAAAAUUUGCUCUUCAAAAGAUGGACUCUAUACUUUCAUCUGAAGCUGCCUGGGUAUCGCAAUAUAAAGAUAUCACUGAUGUAGAUGAAAUGAAGGUCCCAGACUGUGCUGAAACUUUUACGACUCUGUUACAGGUUAUCACAGACAGAUAUAAGAAUCUUCCUACAGCGUCUAGAAAACUACAGUUCUUGGAGUUACAAAAAGACUUAGUUGAUGACUUCAGAAUACGGUUAACUCAAGUUAUGAAGGAAGAGACUAGAGCUUCUUUAGCCUUCCGUUAUUGUGCCAUUCUUAAUGCUGUUAACUACAUAGGAACAGUAUUAGCAGACUGGGCUGACAAUGUUUUCUUCUUGGAGCUUCAGCAGGCUGCGCUGGAGAUUUGUGCAGAUAGUAAUGCUCUCAGUAAGCUACAGCUAGGACAGCUAGCUUGUAUGGAAAGCUCUGUCUUUGAUGACAUGAUUAACCUUCUAGAACGCCUAAAACAUGAUAUGUUGACCCGCCAAGUAGACCAUGUCUUCAGGGAGGUCAAAGAUGCUGCAAAGCUGUAUAAAAAAGAGAGGUGGUUAUCUUUGCCAUCCCAGGCAGAGCAGGCAGUGAUGUCCUUAUCCAGUACAGCUUGCCCAUUGUUGUUGACAUUAAGAGAUCGUUUGCUGCAGUUGGAACAGCAGCUUUGUUACUCGCUGUUUAAAAUCUUCUGGCAGAUGCUUGCAGAGAAAGUGGAUAUGUUCAUCUAUCAAGAGGUAAUUCUGGCUAAUCACUUCAAUGAAGGAGGAGCAGUACAACUUCAGUUUGAUAUGACUAGGAAUCUUUUCCCUUUAUUUUCCCACUAUUGCAAAAGGCCAGAAAAUUAUUUCAAACACAUAAAAGAAGCCUGCAUUAUCUUGAAUCUAAAUGUUGGCUCUGCCCUCCUUUUGAAAGAUGCACUACAUUCAGCCUCAGAAAAUGGAACCAUCUUGGAUCCAAACCAGCCCUCUGCCACAGCAGUGUUAAAUGAACUUGGAGUUUACAAAUUAGCUCAACAGGAUGUUGAGAUUCUACUUAAUUUGAGAACAAACUGGCCUAAUAUAGGAAAAUAAGUAAAGAUCUUCAAGGAAAAUGGUUAAAAGUAAAAUAUCUGUUCUAGGUUAUUUAUCUGAAUAAAAGUGAAGUCAAGCUAUUGCAUUAGUAUACUUUUAUUGUAUAUUCUUUAA